GUCUAUAUGUUAACCAGUGUUCUGUUAAACAACAUGUCGUCGGCACGUUUUCUUUCUACCUGUCGCUUAUUUUCAACAAAUUUAACUAAAAAUGCGAUAAAUACAAAUGCAGUGGGCGGUAAGAGCCUUGUGGAGAGCGUGGCUGUAACUAAAAAUGGUAAAACCAUUGUCGCCUGGCAUCCAGAGACACAGUUUCCUUACGAACACACAAAACCGCUGCCACAAACUGUUGCCAAACAGUCAUCGAGUGUCAUCAAGGAGACGGCGUUGGAUUCGGCAAUGAGUGCAUUUAAAAACAAGCAUCCCGAGGUGGCUCGCCAAGAGCUUAUGAAGCUAACACAUACCACAAAGCAUCGCUGGUUCCCGCGUGCCCGCGACAAGAAGGCCAAGAAGACUCCGAUGGACCGGCCAUACUUGUAAACAAUGCAUUACAUAAGUCCAAUAAAUUAAUGUUAUACAUACAUAUAUU